AUGUUUUCAACCGGAGCCGAUAUCGAGGGACGGCCCCCAAACACCUCCAAAACAGCCGACGCCGAGAAGGGCACUGGUUCUGGAAGCGACGUUCACCAUGAGGUGGCUUCCUUGUCCAGCAGUGGCGGUGGCGACAAAACCCAUCGCAAGCUCAAGUCCCGUCAUAUCCAGCUGAUCGGCAUUGGAGGUACGAUCGGCACUGCUCUCUACGUCCAGAUCGGCAAGGGUCUCCUAAACGGAGGACCUGCCAGCUUGUUCUUGGCCUUCACCAUCUGGUGUACCUUCAUCCUGGCCAUCACCAUGUGCAUGGCCGAAAUGGUCACCUACCUGCCCAUCUCUUCGCCCUUCAUCCGCUUUGCCGGUCGUUACGUCGACGAGGCCUUUGGAUUUGCUGCUGGCUGGAACUUCUUCAUCUUCGAAGCCGCCAUGGUGCCGUUCGAAAUCACCGCUUGCAACGUCAUUAUUCACUACUGGAGCGAUGCCGUACCCGUUGGCGGCAUCAUCGCUAUCACGCUGGUAAUCUACGGAUUGGUCAACCUGUUGGCUGUGAAGUGGUAUGGUGAAACCGAGUUCUGGGCGGCGCUGGGCAAGUUUCUUCUCAUCGUGGGAUUGCUCAUUUUCACCUUUAUCGUGAUGGUGGGCGGAAAUCCACUGGGAGACCGGUUUGGGUUCAGAUAUUGGAAGGAACCCGGUGCUUUCACUGAGCUGUAUUACACCGGAUCACUUGGUCGCUGGUUGGGCUUCCUCCAAUGCUUGAUCCAGGCAAGCUUCACCAUUGCUGGACCGGAUUACGUUGCCAUGGCCGCCGGAGAAGCAGAGAACCCCCGUGUCGUCAUGCCCCGCGCCUUCAACGCCGUCUUCUACCGUCUCACCGCUUUCUUCGUCCUCGGCUCUCUCGCCGUCGGCAUCCUGGUCCCUUACAACGACGCCGAGAUGGCCCUCGCCUUUUCCUCCGGCGCCCCCGGCGCCGCCGCCUCGCCCUACGUGGUUGCCAUGAACCGGCUGCGCAUCCGCGUUCUCCCAGACAUCGUCAACGCCAUGGUCCUCACGGCCGCUUUCUCCGCGGGCAACAGCUACGUCUACUGCGCCUCGCGCUCUCUCUACGGUCUAGCGCUCGAGGGCAAAGCCCCCAAAGCCCUACUGAAAUGCACCCGCUCCGGCGUGCCCAUCUACUGCGUCAUCGUCGUUCUCUGCAUUGGCUUGCUGGCUUUUCUGCAGGUUAGCAACAACGCGGCGGUGGUGCUCUCGUGGUUCGUCAGCCUUGUGACAGCGAGCCAGCUGAUCAACUACAGCGUUACGUGCACCGCGUAUCUGAGAUGGUACUCGGCGCUGAAGGCGCAGGGGAUCAGCCGCGACAAAUUGCCGUAUAAGGGGCUUUUCCAGCCGUACACCAUGAUCGGUGUUUGUCCCGUGCUCUUUGUGGUGUGGAAGCUCGUCAAGAAGACGAAAUUCCACAAGGCUGAGGAGAUUGACUUGUACAAGAACCUUGAUGAGGUGGAGGAGUAUCAGGCAAACUAUGUGCCGAUCCCGUCUAGGAAUCGGUUCGAAUGGGCUCUGGACUGGUUGUUUGGUUGA